CGGCGCGCGAGACGACGCGAGAAGCGCGCCUGCCUCUUUGACCCUCUUCCCUUUAUUCGACGCGCACCGUUCGCCGUGUCCUAGGUAGACGACGCCGAGCCGCGCGCGCAUUUUUGCCGAUCUUGUCGCGCGAUCGAGCGGACGCGCGUUACGGAUACGAAAACGGAUGGUGAGCCGAAGACGAUGGAUCGCGAGUUCCGCGAGAAAGAAACGCGAGAGGAGUGACGGAACGCGAGGCUAAGAGGGGCGCGUUCGCGACGGUGAAAUAUUGGACGCAACUUGAAGAGGGUAAUACACGGUGAGAUAAGAGUACUCUGAUCUCUUGUGAGUGCGCCGCCUGUUACUCGAGCCGGUAAUUUUCGAAUCCCCGGCUCGUCUGGCAAAGAACUGCGAAGGAGGGGCAUGAGGAGGAAGCGUACGGAUAGCACGUAGCGACUGGCCCCUUCUCGUUUCGGAGAUGCGGCGCUAUCCACUGCAUAUCAACGUCGCCCUCACCGUCGUAUUGGCGAUUUGUGCAAUCGUUGCGCGGGCCGGCAAACGAGAGAGGGAAGCCUGGUAUGAAGCUGCGACGCGGGCUAUCGAGACGCGGAUCAGGGACGCAGCGAGUAACAGCGUCAGCGGCACGACGCCGCCGGCCGGGGUGGCGCGCGGCGUCGUCCUCUUCGUCGGCGACGGCAUGGGGAUGAGCACCCUGACGGCGGCGAGGAUCCUCGCGGGUCAGCGUCACGGGAGUCCGGGCGAGGAGACGCAGCUCGCGUGGGAGAAGUUCCCGGCGGUGGCAUUGGCGCGGACGUACAACAUGGACGCCCAAGUUGGCGAAUCAUCGGCAUGUGCGACGGCACUCCUCUGCGGAGUUAAAGCCAAUUACGAGACCGUUGGUCUGGAUUCAUCGGCACGUUUCGAGGACUGUUACUCUAGCUUCGAGGCGCGCGUUCCUUCGCUUAUUAAUUGGGCCCAGGAUCAAGGCAAAUCGACGGGGCUGGUUACAACCACCAGGGUUACACACGCGACACCGGCGGCUCUUUAUGCACACGCGGCCAGCCGUUACUGGGAGGACGACGGUAAAGUGCCACCUGCUGCACGUACCUCUUGCAAGGACAUCGCGCGUCAGCUGCUCGAGGACGAGCCCGGCUGUAACAUCACAGUGAUACUGGGUGGUGGCAGACGCCACUUUGUACCGAAAGUGACUUUGGACCCCGAAGAGCCGGAUAAAGAGGGCAGGCGAUUGGACGGCCGAAAUCUCAUUGAAGAGUGGUCCAGGAAUCAUCGCAAGAGAAACAUAGCCGCGAAAUACAUCGCCAAUAAGGAGCAAUUUGAAAAGGUGGACACGCGAAGAGUGAACCGAUUGUUAGGUCUCUUCGCCUAUUCUCACAUGGACUUCGACGUCGACCGGAACACGAACGACACCGGCGAUCCUUCUCUGGCCGAGAUGGCGAUUAAGGCGCUUCGGAUACUGGCGAACAAUCCCGAGGGAUACUUCCUCUUCGUGGAGGGUGGAAGAAUCGACCAUGCUCACCAUUACAACAACGCUUAUCGCGCCCUGGAUGAGACCCUGGCAUUGGAGGAAGCCGUCGAGGCAGUUAUGAAGGAGGUAGAUCUCACGGAAACGCUCGUCGUGGUAACGGCGGAUCACUCGCACGUAUUAACCCUCGGAGGACUGACGACGCAUCGUGGGAACCCUAUAUUCGGUUCCGACAGCAAGGUGUCGGACGUUGACGGACAGCCCUACACGACGUUGCUGUACAGCAACGGGCCGGGUUACACGCAUCCGCGGAAUAUCCUGCGAGAGGCCGGGAAGGAUUCCAUUCAGACGGCGGGCGUGCCGAGGGCGUGGGCGACGCACGGGGGCGAGGAUGUGCCGGUGUUCGCCGCCGGGCCCCUCGCGAGUGCCCUGUUCUCCGGUAGCGUCGACCAGAGCUACAUCCCGCACGCGAUCGCCUAUGCCGCCUGCCUGGCCCAUCACGCCAGCCGCUGCUCCCGGGAUCCUACGAACAACGCGAAUGCCAGCGACACAAUGAACGCCGCGCCGAUAAGCUGUCCCUCGGCAGAGCCGAACAGCGCGGCGAUAUCCAGCGACGUGAUGAACGACCGCAUGCGAAAUCCACCCACGAAAUCCGCCGCCGGUCCAUGCCGCCCGCUGGUCUUCAGCCCCUCGCUGCUGCUGCUGAUGCUGUUGCUGCUGCCGCUGUCGCCGCUGAUGCCUCUGAUGUCCUCUGUCGUUCUGCCGAUUCCCCGGUGUCCCUUCGAAAGGACGAGUUAAUGCG